AUGGAGGAAUUACGGCAAGUUAACCAAGAAUUACAUGAAGAACUCAAGCGAUUAGCACAAUCAAAUCGGGAUUAUGAGUAUAUAAAUUACAGUCUCGAAAAACAGAUAGCUAUACGUGAGAAAAGAAUCCAAGUUUUGGAAGAUGAGCUUGAAAGCGUUAUAUCCCUUUCUAGUCAAGAGAAAGAGGAAUUACGGAAAGAAAUCUCCGAUUUAAAAAAAUCGCUAUAUCAAGCUAGAAAAGAAAUCCGGCAAAAAGAGAAGGAUCUCACCAUUAGAGAAAAUCAAUUAGCUGAAAUUGAUGUAAGAGAAAAGAAACUCAAAACCCGAAUUCGAGAAAUAUCAAAAUCUGCAGGUAAUACUCCUAAAGCAUAUACCCAAACG